UUUCAUGGGGUUAUCUCCCCGUGUCGCUCAGCUGAGUUUUCGGUAACUGCGCUUGCGUGAUAAGUCAUUUCCAGCCAUCUUCACCAUCUCCACUAGGUGACAAGGAAUAUUUCUUCUUAUGGCCAACGAUCAGGCAACUAUUUUACUCCGAAGACAACUUGCUGAGUUAAACAAAAAUCCUGUGGAGGGAUUCUCAGCAGGCUUGGUCGAUGAUGAUGAUAUAUUCAAAUGGGAGGUCAUGAUAUAUGGCCCACAAGAUACUCCAUAUGAGGGAGGAUACUUUAAGGCACACCUCAAUUUCCCUAAAGAAUAUCCUCAGAAACCUCCAAAGAUGAUUUUCAUGUCGCCGAUGUGGCAUCCAAAUAUUGGAGAAGACGGGAAUGUGUGUAUUUCUAUUCUGCACGAGCCUGGGGAUGAUAAAUAUGGAUAUGAAACAGCAGCAGAAAGAUGGUUACCGGUGCAUACUGUAGAGACAAUUUUACUUAGUGUUAUCUCAAUGUUAGCUGACCCCAAUGAUGAAUCACCAGCUAAUGUAGAUGCUGCAAAAAUGUGGCGAGAGGAACCAGCAGAAUUUAGGAGAAGGAUAACGCAAUGUGUGAGAAAAAGUCAGGAUGAUUUGUGAUAGGGAAUAAGUAACAGAUUUUUUUCUAGCCAUUGAUGAACAUUACUUGAGCCUGAGUUGAAUCAUCAUCAUUGGGGAGUGUCACCAGCUGCCCAGACCGAAGAUUUUUGUGCAACAAUCACUUGGAGGAAUAACAUCUGCCAUUCACUCCUCCUGUCUCAGGAUUUUUGAAGCAAUUAAAAUUUUACAUAGAAAAGUUGCAAGUAGAUUUUUCACUCUGGUGUCUUGCAUAGCAAUUAAUUAGGUCAGGAGAAGCCUGGUUCUGAGUUUCAUGUGAAAUUGAAAGAAAUGUGAAGGAAAUAUUUAACUUCAAAAAGCGAAUGGAGGUGAAUUAUAGAGUACCUAUGUACCUAUUUGUAACUGAAAUAUUCUUUUAUUUGAAAGCACAGGGUCAAGCUGACUGAAAAGAAAUUCUUAGUUUUAAAGCCUAAUUCUAUUGAGAAUUUGUGAGAGAAGGCAACUACUGACGGUCUGCCUAGUCUAUAUAUACCUGCAUCUGAGAUUAAUAUUUUAAUCAGAUUUAGGCUUUCUUACUCUGAAGAUGGUAUACAAGCUGUAUGUAAGAAGUGAUAGAGAUAUAAAUGUUAUGCUUGAGUGGAGUAGCCUACAAAUGGUAUAUAUGCAGAUCUGAGCAUGUGGUUACUUACAGUCUGCAGUCGUGGAUGAAUGUUGCAUAUUUUUCAUUUUUGUGUGCAUGUUCCUUUUAUGAUAUUCACUUCAUAACCUCUGCAGUGCAGCUUAGCGGUGAUGCCAGUGUCUGAAUGAUGACGAAAAACUUGUUUUGUCCCACGUAGAAAAAUUCUACUAAGACCUAGAUAUUCAUAUUUCUAAUUCCACAACAUUAUCAGAUUCACUUUCUUUUGAAGAAAUCGUUAAAAUGUGUACUUUCUCCUUUCUAGCUUUUUUAUAAUUGCAAGAAAUUUGAACCAGUGAAAAUAAAAACCAAAAAAGACAAACUUAUGUUGAUGGCAAAAACUGUUGCCAUGUACAGGAAAGUGCAUUCUAUUCUUUAGUUUAAAUCAUGUUAGAACCGACAUGGUUUUGGCAUCUUAGAAAAUCGGUGACAUAUGUUAAUUUUCUUAUAACUGAAUUUAAGGACUUUUAAUUGCUCUUUAAAUAUUGAAAUAGUUAAAAUACUUAAAACUGAGGAAAAACAACUCAUUUAUUUAUAUGAAAACCUAAUGGAAUCACAGAGAAAUGUAACUUCAGAAUGCCGAAAUGUUAAAACCCGAAAUAGCUCAUCAACAAACACAAAUGUUUUAUUCAGUGUAUUUUCAAAAAUUGAAAAUUGAAAGUAUAGGGAUUCCAAAACAACAAAUAAAAUGCAUUGAUCAUUUUCAGAUUUUUUUUCAAUUGCAUUUUGAAAAUUUCCUUUUUUUAUGCUAUUUAGGCUCUGAACAAGCUGCCUGUGGCCCAUAUGUGGACACUUUCUCCUGUAAAGCUACAAUUGUAUUGUUUGUUAAAUGGCACAAGUUAGUUGAAGGUAUCAUCAGGUCCUUAAAACAUCUUUCUACACUUCAGUCUUUUAUUUAAUAUGCAAAGAAAAUAUAAUUUCAAUCACUGCCAGUUUACAAUGCAGCAACUUGAAGUAAAGUACAGUAUUUUUGGUGAUGUUAGAAAAUUUGUCAAACAGCAUUUUUAUGUCAACAUUUAUAACCUUAAUCCAUAAAAUACUUCCAUUACCUGUACUUCAUAAAUGUAGCAUCACUAUAUGUUUACAUAAAACAAAAAGAACAGUGAAACUAUGCAACACAGUUUAUACUUUGCA